AUGCCAAAUGAGCGCAGACUUUUGAAGUUGGCUACUAAUUUGGCAGAGUGUCUUCCGCAGGCUACUGCAUACGGUACUUGUGUUUCGAACCAAGCUGAAAGAAUAACUAAAGACGCGUGUGCAGACGAAUUUUCCAAGUUAUUGGACUGUGUGAAAAAGCAGGUAAUCUCCCUAAAAAUUUCCCCAUUCAUUGAUUUCGUAUCUUUCUUAUUUCGAUUCACCUCUUAG